CUAAAAAUUUUAAAAACAUUUCAUGUACUGUCAGGUUUUGGUAUUAGGGUAAUGUUUACCUCAACUUGGUGGAAGAGUUUGCGUAGAAUUUGUAUUGUUUCUUCCUUAAAGACUAACUGUGGUUGAGAAGUACUGGACUACAUAUGAUCUCUGUUUCCUUCUAUUUCUAAAAUUUAUUUUUGUUUUUUUCAUAUAAUAGGAUGUAUAUGUUCUUAUAAAUAAAGAGCAGUUUCUGUGUCUUAUUAUUUAAUGAAUGAAGUUCUUUGGAGGUGGAGUGGGAGAAGUAAAUUAGUUUUGCUAGGUACAGCACAGAGUAAGUUGAUGUUUGAUUUGGAUUUUUCAGUGAAGCAGAAUUGACUCCAAGGAACAGAGGAUCUGUAAGAGGGGAAGGCAGUGGUGUGCUACAGUGGUGUGCUGGAGUUGGCUUGUGCUGGUUUGAGAUGGCCAGUUGUUCAUUUUUAAGAGUGGUGACAGAUUGGGAGAUAUCAUGAAAACUUUGAAUGGAUUCUUUCUGAACGUUUGCAUUAUCAUCAUCUACGGACUUGAGUUGAAUAUGUCAUUGAAGACAAAUGCCAUCCAGAGGCCCUUGACUAAUAGGGAUGCCAAAGGAAAAAUAUGAUCCUCCAGAUCCUCGCAGAAUUUAUACCAUCAUGUCAGCAGAGGAGGUAGCCAAUGGGAAAAAAUCUCACUGGGCAGAAUUAGAAAUCUCGGGUAGAGUGCGGAGCUUAAGUACAUCACUUUGGUCAUUGACACACUUGACAGCACUGCACCUAAAUGACAAUUACCUUAGUCGCAUUCCACCUGAUAUUGCCAAGCUUCAUAAUCUGGUUUACCUGGAUCUGUCAUCCAAUAAACUCAGAAGUUUACCAGCAGAACUAGGAAACAUGGUGUCUCUCAGGGAAUUGCUUUUAAAUAACAAUCUGUUACGGGUUUUGCCUUAUGAACUUGGUCGGCUCUUCCAGCUACAAACUCUAGGUUUGAAAGGCAAUCCUUUAUCACAGGAUAUUCUCAAUUUAUACCAGGACCCAGAUGGAACCCGAAAGCUACUGAACUUCAUGCUUGACAAUCUUGCAGUUCAUCCAGAGCAGCUUCCUCCGAGGCCAUGGAUUACAUUAAAAGAACGAGACCAAAUUCUGCCAUCAGCAUCAUUCACGGUUAUGUGUUACAAUGUGUUAUGUGAUAAAUACGCCACCCGGCAGCUAUAUGGCUAUUGCCCAUCCUGGGCAUUAAACUGGGAAUACAGGAAAAAGGGAAUUAUGGAAGAAAUUGUUAACUGUGACGCAGAUAUCAUUAGUCUUCAGGAAGUGGAAACAGAGCAAUACUUCACUCUCUUUCUGCCAGCAUUGAAGGAGCGUGGAUAUGAUGGAUUUUUUUCUCCAAAGUCACGUGCCAAAAUCAUGUCUGAGCAGGAGAGAAAGCAUGUGGAUGGUUGUGCAAUAUUCUUCAAAACAGAAAAAUUUACAUUGGUGCAGAAGCAUACAGUGGAAUUUAACCAAGUGGCAAUGGCUAAUUCAGAUGGAUCCGAAGCUAUGCUGAACAGAGUGAUGACAAAAGAUAAUAUUGGUGUCGCUGUGGUAUUAGAGGUCCACAAAGAACUAUUUGGAGCAGGUAUGAAGCCUAUUCAUGCUGCAGACAAACAGCUGCUUAUAGUGGCAAAUGCCCACAUGCAUUGGGACCCAGAGUAUUCUGAUGUGAAACUCAUUCAGACCAUGAUGUUUGUCUCAGAGGUUAAAAACAUUCUGGAGAAAGCCUCAAGUAGGCCUGGCAGCCCAACUGCAGAUCCUAAUUCCAUCCCGCUGGUGCUAUGUGCAGAUCUUAACUCAUUGCCAGAUUCAGGUGUCGUGGAAUAUUUAAGCAAUGGAGGAGUAGCUGACAACCAUAAAGACUUCAAGGAACUAAGGUACAAUGAGUGUCUUAUGAACUUCAGCUGCAAUGGAAAGAAUGGAAGCUCAGAAGGGAGAAUCACACAUGGCUUCCAACUGAAGAGCGCCUAUGAAAAUAACUUGAUGCCUUACACCAAUUACACCUUUGAUUUCAAAGGCGUGAUUGACUACAUUUUCUAUUCCAAGACUCAUAUGAACGUGCUUGGUGUCCUGGGGCCUUUAGAUCCUCAAUGGCUGGUUGAGAACAACAUCACUGGGUGUCCACACCCUCACAUCCCUUCAGACCACUUCUCACUGUUAACACAACUUGAACUCCACCCUCCACUCCUGCCUCUUGUCAAUGGUGUUCACUUGCCUAAUCGGAGGUAGUGGAGUACUGCCCCGCAAAGACGGGGUCUGUUACUAUGGACCUGUACAGUUGUAAAUCAAAGUAUGUAGGAGUGAAGUAUGGCCAUCCUUAAGCUGCUUCUUCAGGUUCCUUUCAUUAUGUGUUUGCUAUAAGAUUUUGUACAAUUUUGUGCAUAUUGGUAUCAUUUGGCACUAGGGCUGGAACCAAAGUAUUAUCACUCUCUUUCCAAAUUUUUAAUUUAACAUGUUUUUAAGUUGAACCUUCUUCAUAUUAUAUUAGGAGUCAGCAUUCAUAAUUGAUAAAUCACCGAUUCAAGGCCCAACAACAGGGUGUUUGUUUUUCCAAAACAAAUACUUUCUUUUGAAUGGUUUCAAGUGAGCCAACCAUUUUUCAUUUUUGUGAAAGGCAGUUUUUAAAAACUAUAAAUAUAAGAUUUUAAACUGAAUGAUGGCACGCCUUGCAGGAAACUGCCUUGAAUUUCUGUUUUCCAUGAUAACAAACUGAUUUUUGGCUCCCCAGUCAUUUGCACAUUAGCAAAGCACUUAAAUUUGCUAGAUCUGUACAUAAACUAGCCAUAAUGAGAAAAACUGAGAAACGAAAGGUGAUUGCACAAUAUGCUUUCAAAAUCAAGCAUUUAACAGCACACAGCCAUUUGUUGGGCAAGUGCUGGUUGGCUUUUUUUAUUUGUUUGUUUUGUUUUUUUAAGGAAUCAUUCUGUAUUUUGUUCCCCUAUUAGUUAUAACCUUACUAGAAGUAUUAAUUCUAAGCCUGUCUCUUCAGUUUCUUUAUAGGAAAACAACGGGUAAUUUCUACUGCCACACAUCUUGAAAAUAGAAUUUGGUCUAUUUAGGAUGCCCACAAAAUUAGUGUCCAGCAUUUUUUAUUGUUUCCAUCCACCCUUUUCUGCCUGGUUGUGCUGGAAAAAACAGAUAUUAUAUGAUCUGUAUCAUUUUUGCUGUUAUGGUCAAAUGUUUAAAAAAUAACUACUGAAUGAAAAGGCCCUGAUCAAAGUUUUAGAAGAAGAAAGCUACAAAUAUUUCAUGUGUUUCCCAGAGUAGGUCAAGUGGCUGUUGGUUUCGGCUUUUUGAGGUGACAGGGGAAAGGAUUUGGGAGAGAGAACAGGGAGUAGUUGAAAACCUUGGAUCAUUUUUCCUGACUCUAGUUGCCAAAUGGCCAUUAUAUGCUUUUAAUCUUUGUUUCCGUUGUCUGUCAGGGUUGAAUUAAGAAGCUACUGGUUUAUUCCCAACUGUUGAUGCUCUUUAGAUAUGUUGGAAUCUUUUUUUCGCCCAGGAGGGGCCAGUCGAAAAUCUGUGACUCAAGGAAGUGAUUGAAAUACCGUUUAAUGGGGGAAAAAUUGGUUGGCUACUUGAUGUUAAUUAUGGCACAGUAACAGGAAAAGGUUGUGUCUGUGUUUUUAAGUUUUUCUUUAUUCUGCUUUUUUGCUGCUAUAAGAGUUUUCUGAAAUUUAUAUUUUAAACUUUUCAUGCACUUUACUGUUUCUAGUCUCAAAAUGUGAUAUUUUUAAUAAACAAGAAACUUUCCAUUAUGUGAAUGAAAUUUUAAAAGAAAA